UCAAGUGCCAAGUACCGAAGUACCAACGUCAAGUCAAAUCAAUGUUUUGCUUGUUGAAAAUUGAAUUAAAAAAAAAAACAAUUAUUAUUUGUGAAUAUAAUUACUAAAUUCUUCUAAUAACUGAAUGUGCUUUUUAACAGUUGUCUAAAGUUCGAAUUAAGUAUGUCGAGUGCCGACCGAAUUGAUUUUGAAAUGGAGGUGGAAGUAGAGAGUGCUUCGUCAGGUCCACCGGUGGAUCUGCCAAACCCGACAUCCCCAGCACCCCCCGCCGCUGGCACCAAGAGCGUGGUAGUAACGACUGCUACAUCAGGGUCUGUUACGGUCUCGCUUCACCCACUCGUCAUAAUGAAUGUUUCUGAACAUUGGACCAGAUUACGGGCACAGGAAGGUUCGCCCCAGACAGUGAUUGGAGCUCUUAUUGGCAAACAAAAAGGUCGUAACAUAGAAGUUAUGAACUCCUUCGAAUUGGUAUUUAGUGUCAUUGAUGGUGAUAUUGUUAUAGACAGAGAUUAUUACAAUUUAAAAGAAGAACAGUUUAAACAAGUAUUCUCUGACAUGGACUUCCUGGGCUGGUACACAACUGGAGACACUCCCACUGAAAGGGACAUUGCUGUGCACAGACAGAUCUGUGACAUAAAUGAGUGUCCAGUGAUGCUAAUGCUCAAUCCAGCUGGCAUUAAGGGAGAUCAACUGCCAGUAGUGCUGUACGAGUCAGUCAUAGAUGUAGUCAAUGGUCGCGCGACUAUGCUGCUUGCACCUCUGUCGUACACCCUGGCAGCAGAGGAGGCUGAGAGGAUUGGUGUUGACCAUGUGGCUAGGGUGUCGUCUGGUGAAGCUGCACUCAACAGCUUGGUGGCAGAGCACCUGACAGCGCAGCGGUCGGCCAUCAAGAUGCUGGUGUCGCGGGUGCGCGCGGUGCUGGCGACGGUGCGCGCCAUCCGCGACGGCACGCUGCCGCCGCGCCCGGCGCUGCUGCGGGAGGCGCGCGCGCUGGCCAACCGCCUGCCUCUACUCACUUCACAGCAGUUCCGCACUCACUUCUACAAUCAAUGCAACGACGUGGCGCUGAUGACGUCACUGGGCACGAUCACGAAGGGCUGCAACGCGAUCAACCAGCUCGUCAACCGCUUCAACGUGCUGUACGACAGACAGGGCAUGGGUCGUCGCAUGAGGGGACUGUUCUUCUAGCUGCACGGUGAUAUGCACCGAACAAUGUUUAGCUGCAGGUAGGGUAUUGUAUGGUUACAGUUGGCAUCAAGUUUUGCCUCUCUGAAGUUGGUGCAAAGGAGAUGGUCCAAAAUGGUAUGGAGCCCAGAAUCAGUCAUUGUACCCUGGCGGAAAUAAAAGAAAAUAUAUUUUUUUUAACUAUUUUCGAUUAUACAAAUCUACGAAUUUACUAUAAUUCUUUCGAAAUAAAAUUCAUUUUCUUCCCAAGAAAUGCAACACUAUAAUGGCGGAUUGAUGACGUUUUCAAUUCAGUAGUCGUUUUGACGUUUGCUGUCAAUUAUCAUGUCAUAGUUGCUUAUAGGGCGCCAUCUUGAUUUAUCUCAAAAACUUGGGUUUUCGUUUUAUUAAUUUCUUUUUAUUUAGUUAAUCUAUUCACUUGUUUAGAUUUUAUUAAAAUUCUUGUAUUUUUUAAAUUUUAAUGAUUUAGGGUACAAGAGUGGACCUGAAUUAGACCAUCUCCUUAGGGAUGUUAAAGCCUAAUUCAGACUUUGUGACGUCUCUGAAGUUAGCUGCGGGUGUAGUAAAGUCGCUGUGCGCAAGUAGUAAAGUCCUUUUCAUGAAAAGAAAGUCCCCCAAACGCGGCACUAAUGUCUUAAUGGCGCUUGUUGUCAUUUGGUAAUGGCGGUCUUAUUGUCACUUGUCUAAGGCGCUGUCAAGUUUAGUUCAGGUUUUAGCCGCGGACUUCUUUCAUGAAAAGGACUAUAUAAAAUACAGUAUAAACGUCGGAUAUGACUGCGGGUGGGAUAGACUCCACCGCGUCCCUACGCCUCCGUUGAUAACUAAAAUUUUACAUUGUGCAUCUUAACGCACGAUGUACCGAGACCUCAUAAUGUUUUGAAUCAGGUUAUACAGAGGGGAGUUUCCCAGAACCUAAGUCCUUCUGUAACCUAACCUAACUUAACCUCAAUAGCUCAAUGGUAAGAGCGGUCGGAUUCAUCACCAAGGGGUGGUGGUUCGAUCCCCGCCCUGUUGGUCUAUUGUCACACAGUCCUUUCCGGCUAAUUGGAGGGUAAUGGGACUCACUUUAUUAGUAGAGUGUGACUUGGUCAAAAAUGUUACUGUGUACCUAAAUUAAAUAUGCUGAGAGUGUUUGUAUAUCGACAAUAUCCCCCUCUUACCAUGACAUAUGUCAAAAUUAGCCAAUUUGUAUCCAGUUUUAUUGUUUUUAUGUGUCUGUAUAAAUUUUUAAAUAAUUGUGCCGAGUGAACAUGUAAAAUUUAAGGAACAAUAAAAUGAUUAUUAAGUA